AUGAAUGAUACAGAUAAGUUUGAGGACGAAUUUGACAUUGAACUUAUGGAAGAAAUAGGAAAACAAACAAUUUCUCAAUUUCUUGAAAAAAUGCAUUAUAAUGAAGAGAAAACCAAUUUUUGGGUAUCACAAAUUUUGGAUACCACAUUAAAGGAAUUGUCAAAAUUAAAUAAGCCCUUCAAAUAUGUUGCUACAUGUAUUUUGAUGGAAAAAAAUGGAUCUCCUUUAACGACAUCAAAUGUAUGCUUAUGGGAUGAAAAUUGCGACGGGCUUUGUAGUGUUCAAAUGGGAAACGAAACAUUAGAUUGCAUUCUUUGCAUAUAUGCUAUAAAAACUUAA